AUGAAAGAAGUGUUCUCAAAAUUCGAAAUUGAGGGAGAAGUUGAUGGUCAAGAGGUAGAUGAAGUUGGGGAUCAAGAAGUAGGUGAAGUUGGUGGUCAAGUGGUAGAUAAAAUUGGUAGUCAAGGUGUGGAUAAAGUUGGUGGCCAAGGGGUAGAUAAAGUCGGUGGUCAGGUGGUAGAUGAUGUUGGUAGUCAGGUGAUGGUAGGUAACGUUGGUGGUCAAGUCGGUAAUCAGGUGGUAGAUGAAGUUGGUAGUCAUAUAGUAGGUGAAGCCGGUGUUCAAGAGGUAAAUGAAGUUGGGGGUCAAAUGGUAGAUAUUGUCGAUGGUCUGAUGGUAAGUAAAGUUGGUGGUCAAGUAGUAGACGUGAUCAUAAAUGUAACUGUCAAUGGAGAAACAUAUCAUUCGUCUAAUGGACUGCACAGUGGUUACAUUAACAGUGACACUAAAAAAAAAGAUAAGAGAGCUUACGAACGUCAAUAA